CUUGAGCUUCUCCGAGAAAACUCCCCAUUGCCGGUCCGUCUGAACAAGAAAAAGGUGAGUGUUCAGGAAUCAGCUUAUAAAUGGUUUAUCUUUCAAGUUAAGGUUACGUGCGAAUUUGGCCCUUUUUAAGUAAGAAGUAAACGUUGUCGUUUGCAUCUCUCGGUGACUUGGCUGCACUUUUGCGCUAUCGGCGGGGAACCCGAGAUUUAGCUCUGGAACCGGCCCUGCUGACUCAACUAUAUAGUAUAGUACCUGCUGUAUGUAUGUAUUUACCCAGUUGUAAUUUCUCAAAGAUUCACUUCAUCGUUAUUGAUAUAGGUGCCAUAUCAGUCUAGGUGGCGAAUUAAGUACAUACAGCGAGCGACGAACGAUGGCAUCUCAAUUCCCGACUAAGAAGUGCGGUGUGCUCGGCGCCACGGGAUCCGUGGGACAGCGCUUUAUCUUGCUGCUUUCGCAACACCCUCACUUCGUCCUCCACGCUGUCGGCGCUUCGUCUAGGUCCGCGGGCAAGAAGUACAAAGAUGCUGUGAAAUGGAAGCAGGCUUCUCCCAUGGGCCCUGUCGGCGAGCUCGUCGUGCGCGAGUGCAAGGCGAGUGAAUUUGCGGACUGCGAUGUCGUCUUCAGUGGGCUGGACUCGGAUGUUGCUGGCGAGAUAGAAAUGGAAUUCCUCAAGGCGAAUCUCGCCGUCUUCUCCAACGCAAAGAACUACCGCCGCGACCCCCUCGUGCCCCUCGUCGUACCAACCGUCAACCUCCCCCAUCUCGACCUCAUCCCGCAUCAGCGGAAACAGCAUAAUCUCGAGAAAGGCUUCUUAGUGUGCAACUCCAACUGCGCGGUGAUCGGCCUCGUCAUCCCCUUCGCCGCGCUCCAGGCGCGCUUCGGCCCCGUCGACACCGUCAGCGUAGUCACGAUGCAAGCCGUCUCGGGCGCGGGGUACCCCGGCGUCAGCAGCAUGGACAUCAUGGACAACGUGGUGCCCUUCAUCAGCGGCGAGGAAGACAAGCUGGAGACCGAGGCGCGCAAGAUCCUCGGCUCCAUCAACGGCGAGGCCACGGCCUUCGUGGAACAGGAAGAGCUCCGCGUCUCCGCCGCGUGCAACAGGGUCCCUGUCCUCGACGGCCAUACUGCUUGCGUCUCCCUGCGGUUUAAGAAUCGGCCGGCGCCUAAGGCUGAGGAAGUCAGGGCUGCGAUGAGGGAAUACGUCAGCGAGGCGGAGAAGCUUGGGUGUCCGAGUGCGCCGAGGCCGAGUAUUAUGGUCUUCGACGAGCCUGAUCGUCCGCAGCCGAGGCUAGAUCGCGACCUCAGCCGUGGGUACACGGUUAGUGUUGGCCGUGUGAGGGAGGAUGAGAGCGGCAUUUUCGAUAUCAAGUUUGUUGCUUUGAGCCAUAAUACUGUUAUCGGAGCCGCUGGUUCCUCGAUCCUGAAUGCCGAAGCUGCUGUGCUGAAAGGCUUUAUCUAACAUUAUGUGUGUGCAUUUUAUGGCGUUGGGUACGUUGCGCUGUCUGAAUACAAUAUUGGGUUGGCGGCGUGUGAUAUUUGUGGCUGAUAGAUGGAAAACCUAGGGUCUGAAAAAAGGAGGCAUUUAGAUGGCAUAUGUACUUGGGUGGUGAGACGGAUAUAAAAAGAUGUAGAUUACUUUGUCCGAUUUCAAAACUCGGGUGCUAUUUUUUCAAUCUAUACUAGUGAGGCUUUUGUGUUUCUUCUGAGAUGAUAGCUAAUUGUUAUUAGUAAAUAUGGCCCUGUGUGAUGUACAGCGCGGAAGUUGUUAGUUGCCAUUUUGGGGUAAGAUGAUUUAAUAGUUGGGUCAGUUGUGAGACAACUUCACGCUACCAAAGUAGCUAUGAUGUUGGCAACUGACUUGUGGUGUUCAUAGGCAAAGAUGUUAUUUCUUUUUGACCUUCGCGGUUAGGAGACAGUAUUUGACCAUGUUU